AUAAUAUCGACACUAAUAGUGAUAUUCUGUUUUGUUUCAGUGGUUAUCAUGGAGAUGGAUAUCCAUUCGAUGGCAGAGGCCAAAUUCUAGCACACGCAUUCUUUCCUGGCAGAGAUCGAGGAGGAGAUGUACAUUUUGAUGAGGAAGAAAUAUGGUUGUUGCAGGGCGACAACAAUGAAGAAGGGACCAGCCUUUUCGCGGUAGCCGCGCACGAAUUUGGCCACUCACUUGGGUUGGCGCACAGCUCGGUUCCUGGUGCACUCAUGUAUCCCUGGUAUCAAGGAUUGAGCUCUAAUUACGAGUUGCCGGAAGACGACAGACAUGGGAUUCAACAGAUGUACGGUGCACCGGAAGAGAGGCUCUGGGCCAAUCUACCAGGUGGGCCACCUCCUCCGGAACGACCUACAACACCUCGAACAACUACGACAAGCGUUGGGACGACCUACAGACCAUGGAGAACAAGACCAACCAGGCCGAAUCACUAUCCAAACGACGAUCGGCCUCGACGCCCUGAUCACUACCCUCAAAAGCCGGAUUAUAGAACGGAGAGUCCAGAGAGGCCGGAGAAUCGACCUCAGAGGCCUCACAAACCUCACAAACAUCACACGACUUCCACUACAACUACAACUACUACUACUACUACCACUACCACCACCACUAUGAGAACACCAUACACGCAAAGGCCGAGGCAUCGUUACACACCACCGGCACCAAGGAACGACAAACCGGAUAAAUGUGAUACGACUUAUGAUGCCAUCAGCAUUAUUCGUAGGGAAAUUUUUGUCUUCAAAGGACGAUAUUUAUGGAGAAUUGGUGACCAAGGAUUGUAUGAAGGAUAUCCAGCGGAAAUCACACGCUUGUUUAAUCUACCUGAAGAAAUCGAUCAUGUAGAUGCAGUUUAUGAGAGGCCAGACAAGAAAAUAGUAUUUUUUAUUGGCAAAAGAUAUUACGUUUUCAAUGCUAACAAUCUCGAACCAGGUUAUCCGAAACCAUUGACUAGAUUGGGAUUACCGGAAUCAUUAAAAAAGAUUGAUGGAGCAAUGAUUUGGGGACAUAAUGGGAAAACAUAUUUCUUUAGUGGAUCUAUGUAUUGGAGGUUUGAUGAAUCUGUAAAUCAUGUAGAACUUGAUUAUCCGAGAAAUAUAAGUAUGUUUGCUGGUAUUGGUACAGAUAUUGACGCUGUUUUUCAAUGGAAAAAUGGUAAAACAUACUUUUUUAAAGGUAAAGGAUUCUGGGAAUUCGAUGAUCAAAGAAUGAAAGUUGCACAUGAAAGACAAAAAUUAUCGGCACCAGUUUGGAUGGGUUGCCCACGAGAAUUGGAAACCAAUGAUGUCGAAAAUUAUCCAAGAAAAUCAAAAAUCAUGGCUUCGAAUAACGCAUCGACACGAUCAACUCUUUUUGUCGGAAUAUUUUUAAUAGCAUAUUUUAAUAAACAUUUGUAAACUGUGAUAUUUAUGUAAAAUCGUGUAUAAAUGCGAGCGUGUAUACGUGUAUGCGCUCCAAUUUACACAUGAUGAAAUUUUAACACACACUUCUCUUAUACUGAUUAUAUAUAUAAUAAUUUUAAUAAAAUAAUUUUUAAAUAAUUUUGA